AUGGCGACACUGAGCUUCCAGUUGACGAAUAAUACGGACUCGAAUGAUGUCUAUGCCUAUAUCACGGGAAGCGCACUCGACAGCAACAAUGCCCUGUUUCUGCUUCAGUCUGACGGCAAAACGGGCUAUUACCCAGACUCACCAUCAACCAGCCUAAGCGCCCUUGCGCAAGAUUGUGCUAUUAAACUGGGUAGCCCCGGAAAUUCUAUAUCAGUUACCAUCCCGCAUCUUGCCGGCGCGAGGCUGUGGUUUAUCCGUGACAGCCAGUUGACCUUCUACCUAAAUUCUGGCCCGGCAUUAGUGGAGCCAUCAUCCUCCAACCCAUCCGAUCCGAAUUAUAAUCUGUGCUGGGACUUUUGUGAAUUCACCUGGAACUCUUCCCAGCUAUUCGCCAAUAUCACUUAUGUGGAUUUUGUUUCACUUCCCAUCUCCCUCCGCCUAACGAACGGCUCUGGAAACUCAAAGAUUGUCAGUGGUUUACCUAAAGAUGGACUCAAUACGAUCUGCACGGCUCUCCAGAGUCAGAAUUCUCAAGACAAUUCAGGUUGGGACAAACUCAUAAUCACCCAAAACGGCAAUACUCUUCGAGCUGUAUCGCCCAACACUGGUAUCACGCUUAACAGUAGUCUCUUCAAUGGAUAUUACGAUUCCUAUGUCAACCAAGUAUGGUCUACAUACACGAACAAUACCAUUAGUGUGGACACACAAGGAUCUGCAGGAAUCAUUCAGGGUUCAGUCGCCAGCAAUCAACUUGUAUUUUCCUCGGACCAAAACAUUACCUACGAUAAGCCUUCUUCCGCUGAUAUCUUCAGCAACAGCUCAGGUGCAUUUGCAGUGUCUGGGAAUUCGGUCAAGGACGCUAUCACCGCUCGUCUGGCUGCUGCUUUCAACCGAUCCACGCUACUGACCAAUUCAAACCAGCCCGAUGGCGAAAGCGUGUCCAGUUAUUACCAGAACUCUACCACUAACCACUACUCGCGAAUCUGCCAUAAUACUACUUUGAACGGCCAAGGAUAUGCAUUUCCGUAUGACGACGUGUCUCCUUCCGAUAGCCAAAAUGUCUCCGGGUCUGUAUUCGACUCUAAUCCGACACUCCUAAUUGUCACUGUCGGUGGACCGUCAAAUGAUACCACUGAAACAGCCAAGAGUCAAGAGAAUGCCUCUUUGCCCCCAAAAAAUCGGAACAAGGGUGUCGUCUUCCAAAGGGUGAGGAGACUUAUGCGCAGGACAUUUUCUUCUAAUAACUAA